AUUUUUCAGUUGGUUUUCUGUUUCGGCGCCGCACGCACGUCUCACGCGCACAUAUUGUGCGACAUUAUCAUUGCCGUUAUUCUGCUCUAGUCCAAAUCCGACAUCGUAUUUUGUGUCGUGCGUGAAAAAUUGUCGAAAAAAUAACAACAACAACAACAACAAUAAUUUAUAACAUCAAAGCGAAUUUUUUAAUCAAGCCACUUGUCGCACGUGUUUCUGCCAUUCAAUCAGUGCCGCAGCUGUACGAAAAGUGUUGCUCGAGCUGAUCAAGAUAUAUGCAUAUAUAUGCAUCAGUUAUGGGUGCCUAAUUAUACGCCUUAGUAAUUGACAUGUGAGUGGACAUUAAAAAUUUCACUGAUAUUUUUUCGUGCCUCCAUCAAAUGAGAAGAAACAAAAUAAAGGGAUAACCAAGGUUGUUGGCUUGGAGCGUUUGUGUGGAAGUUUAACAUUUUCUAGAUUAAGAUUGCAAGCCCGAUUCCCCACAGUUCGCAAACUAAGGAAGUCAGGGAGCGGUAGAGGAGCGGGAGCUAUGGAAAGUGGCUUUGGAGCGCGGUGCGCAUUUUAAACUAUUGGGAAAUCGAAAAGGCAAUAUUAAUGAGCCGGCAAAGCAUCAGUCACGGUAUGUUGACAACAGCCCAGAGCACAGAGGCCAGCGCAAGUAUAGGCAGUAGCUGAAAAACAACAACCACAGCGGCUCAGAAGCAGGUUGGGCCCAAAACAAAAACCAUUACCUGAAGCCCACACUAGGGAGGAACAAAAGGGGCAGACGAGGCGUCAGCCCAGUAUUGACGGGAGGAUGGUCACGAAUAUAUCACAGCCGCACUACUGCGGAUCUGGCCUCGACGAUUUUCACACAAAUUAUAAAUAUAUUCAUGGCUAUUUUUCACUCAUAGUCUGUAUAUUGGGCACAUUGGCCAACACUUUGAACAUCAUUGUGUUGUCCCGGCGCGAGAUGCGUUCACCCACCAAUGCUAUACUCACGGGUCUGGCCGUCGCCGAUCUGGCCGUUAUGCUGGAAUAUAUACCCUAUACAGUGCACGAUUAUAUACUCAGCGCGAGUCUGCCUCGGGAACAGCAGCUGAGCUACUCAUGGGCCUGUUUCAUCAAGUUCCAUUCAAUUUUUGCCCAAGUGCUGCACACGAUCAGCAUUUGGCUGACAGUGACGCUGGCCGUUUGGCGCUACAUAGCGGUUAGCUAUCCGCAACGGAAUCGGGUGUGGUGCAGUAUGCGAACCACCAUGAUAACGAUAGCGACGGCAUAUGUGGUAUGCGUGCUGGUCGUCUCACCUUGGUUGUAUUUGGUCACAGCUAUUGCCAAGUUUCUGGAGACGCUGGAUGCGAGUGGCAAGACCAUCAAGUCGGUGGCACUGAGCCAGUAUAUUUUGGACUAUGAACAGGGCCUGAGUGAGGCCCAAUUGCAGGAGGAUGUGACGUUGCAGGUGCUCUCGAGUACCACCCCAGACAUGGCCUGGCCAUUGGUGGCGGGCAGUGGGAACAAUACCACAGUGGCUGCUCUACUCACAGGUCUCUCACUCACAACAGUUGUGCCGGCAACAACAACCACGACAACAACAGCAACUACAACAUCAUCAAUAGCGAACGGAGAGCGCAACAUUACGGUUUUUAAAUUAUAUCACAGUGCGCUGGCGUUGCACGAUCGACCCUUGCGCAAUGCCACCUUUCUCAUCUAUAGUGUGCUCAUCAAGCUGAUACCCUGCUUUGCAUUGACGGUGCUGUCGGUGCGCUUGAUUGACGCAUUGCUGGAGGCUAAGAGGCGGCGCAAGGUAUUGGCCUAUCAUGCUGCCCACGAUAUGCAGCCCAUUGUCAAUGGCAAGGUUGUGACUCCCACACAGCCCAAGAGCUGCAAGCUGCUGGAGAAGGAGAAGCAGACAGACCGGACGACGCGCAUGCUGCUGGCCGUACUUCUGCUCUUCCUCAUCACCGAGUUUCCGCAGGGCAUUAUGGGUUUGCUGAAUGCCCUGCUGGGCGAUGCAUUUUACUUUCAAUGCUACUUAAAGCUGAGUGACUUAAUGGACAUAUUGGCACUUAUUAAUUCGAGCAUCAAUUUUAUACUUUACUGCUCGAUGAGUCGACAAUUUCGUACCACAUUUACGCUACUCUUCCGGCCGCGUUGUCUCAACAAAUGGCUGCCGUUGUCCCAGCACGAUGGGGAUGGCACAGGUGGUGGCGGUAUGCGCGGCUACGGGCGCCAGCGACUGCUGCACACGGAUGCGGUGAGCAAGAGCAUGGCCAUCGAUUUGGGUCUGACGACCCAAGUGACAAAUGUGUAGCAGGAAAGUAGCCGGGCUGUGUCAACAGCUACGGCUGCAACAACAACAACAACGAUAACAACGUGCAGAAAUGCCGUGCAGGUCGAUGCACAGACCGAGCCUGAUGUUGAUGGAUGUGCUUGCGAAAAUGCCGGCACCGGCACCGGCAACGGCAACGGCCACGGCACUGCUAAUGACAUCAGCGUAGUUGAAAUGCUCGAGUCCAGUGUCGGAAAAGCCGCAACGAGAAACAGCAACAACAGCAAGCUGCACGGCUAUAACAACAAUCGAAGGAGGCGCCGCAGCGGCAGUGGCAAAUGCAUUUGGCCGGCAACCGGCUGGUUACGCAAACUGAGGCAGAGAUCAAGUCAACAAGAGCGAGAGGAGCAGGAGCGGCCAGAGCAGCUGGAAUUGCAACAGUCGUCCAAUCAGCGGUCGCGUCGCAGCAGUGUUCUCCUCAUGGUCCUGCUCAGUGGUGCCGAAGUCGAGGCCAAAGCCGUUGUCGUCAGUGAGCAGCAACACCAACACCAACAACAUCAACAUCAACAGCAGCAGCAGCAGCAGCGCCUACCACAAAAGCGUCUCAGUGUGACUGUCGAUGACGUUGAUGAUGCCAUCGAUGCUCUCUGGCUUUAAGCAGCACUCCAUAACAACAAAUAAGAACAGCAUCUACGAGUAAAACCAAUCUGUACAUUUACAAUUACUUAGCAGUUAGAAGACCACUACAAAUUGUCAUUAUCAUAGCAUUGCAGAUGCAUUACUCACGUGGACCGAGCCCCCCGCGUGCCUCUCGCUCUGCAGCUAUGAAUUGAACAAUUUUGUUGGUCCAUACGACACGAUUUUUUUUAGACCUAAGCAAAUCCGGUUUGAAUAAGUGAUACUUGGACAUAGUUAUUUUUCCAAACUUUAAGUGCAAUGCAUACGGAAUGUCUUUGAUAAGUAACUACUACGAACUAAUAGAUAUGACUUAACAAUUGAUUUGAAUAAACAUUCAAUUACAUAUUUUAUUAAAUGU